CAUCAAUAAGAUAUGUCCAGCGGGAUUACGUAACGGAAAGAUUUAUCCUUCUAAAUCUUGGAUAAUUGCUAUGUUUGAGGUGGGAUAAUUCUUGUGAUAUACUCCAAGAUAUCAGAAUUUCAGAAUUGGUUGCGGCUUCAAUCCCAUCUAGCGUUCAGCCCCUGAAUCGGGUUGCAGCCUUGCCGGUGCAGUCUUUUAUUCCUACGCGAGGUCACCGGUGGGGUACUUAUUCCUAACCUAAGUCUGAUUCACAACUAAAUGAACAAUGUCACAAAUCGUCCAAUACAUCGUAGUUCGUCAAGAUCUGAUGAAAAUCAUGGGCUGGCCAGUCGGUGCAGUUAUUGCUCAAGCAUGCCACGCGUGUGCCGCUGUAACUCAUUUAUUCCAAGACGAUAUUCACAUGAAAACUUAUCUCGCUGACUUGGAUAAUAUGCAUAAGGUGGUUUUGGAGGCCCCAGAUGAGGCAAGUUUAACAGACUUGAAAGCGACUUUGGAUCAAAAUGAAAUCAAGUACAAGCUCUGGAUAGAACAGCCAGAAAACAUACCAACUUGCGUCGUUGUAAAACCAUACCCCAAACAAGAGAUUCAAAUGUUCUUCAAAAAGUUCAAAUUAUUCAAGUGAUAAUGUGUAUAUAGUGGAAAACAAUCACCGUUUUAUCAUUCAGGUGCUCUUUAAUUGCGUAUUUGUGCCCCUAGUGACAUGGUCUGCAGAAAAAUGAUAAAAAUUUCUUUUAUACAGUCGUAUGGCUCGUUAAAACAUAAAAGUUGAAUAAUUAUUGUAAUGAAUAACACUGUAUGAUUCGCUGGAAAUAAAAAUAUUCCGUACGAAACAUUA